GUCCUAACAGACUACUAGUAGGUACUGUAGGUACCUAGUGCUCAAGUGGAACCCAUCAACUAUCGGGAAAUCAGGUUCUACUAAUGACCCCCGCCCUCUGCCCCAUCCUCGGUCAGCAAGCAACCAGACCAGCAAGCCGCCUAAAGUCGGUAUAUCAUAUCCAACACCGACUUCAAGGAACUUUGCCUGUCAGUCUGACCUAUAUUGAGCCCGCCAACUUGGCACAAGUACCGCAUUUGACGCUCCUAUUUCCAAAUACAUCUCGAGGAGCCUUGCCUUGAGAACUGCCGAUAUGGCACCCGCAUUAGGCCCAGAUAAUGAGAGCUUCCAAUGCGAACUGAACGGACAUGAGAUCCAAUGCAGACACCCGCAAACGCAGAAAGAGAUUAUCAUCUCAAUCAAUAACUUAAUCUGUAUCUUGUCCCGAGGCGAUAAGCUUGAGGCUCCCAGGCAUGUUAUGCUGUUUUUGUGGCUCGAUGAGAACGAGUUUGAGGUCUCGAGGGAGUCUGUCCAAAUUCGUCUGCUCAGAUAUACCUCCCUACCUCGGGACUUUCACUCACGAACAGGUGGAAAAGGCAUGAGUGUGUUCAAAAAUAUCCUGAGCCCCCUCUUAUCGCAACUUGGAGUGCGCGAGUAUGCAGUGCAUGAGACCCGGACCACACAGACAAUAGUCGAACUGUGCCACACAAAACUGAUGCCCUGCGCUCAAGCGGGCAUCAAGCAAACAAUAAUUCUACUUUCAGGCGAUGGAGGUCUGACUGACAUCAUCGACUCCUUCCAUGGUACAGCAAUACAAUAUCUUGCCAAGCCUAUCAUUGCCCUGAUCCCAACCGGAACAGGCAAUGCCAUGGCCAGUUCAAUAGGGCUCCUAAAAAGUCGAGCGGCUGGACUUUCCGCAUUAUUGCAUGGGCAUCCCGCCCCUAUACCUGCCUUCUUGGCUACUUUCUCAGCUGGUUCAAAGCUUGUUACAGAAGCGGGCAGCGGAAGAGUCAAUAUCAAUUCACACUCGCAGAGCAAAACUGGUCACCCUACAGUAUACGGUGGUGUUGUCGCAAGUUGGGGUUUGCAUGCUGCGUUGGUGGCGGAUAGUGAUACUGCUGAGUACCGCAAGUAUGGAGCGGAGAGAUUCCAGAUGGCUGCAAAGGAGAUCCUAUUCCCCUCAAAUGGUGACGAUCCCCAUAAGUUCCGCGGUAGUAUCAGCUUCACAUGGCGUGAUCGCCAGACCAAUAAGCGACAUACGGAGGCUUUGGGAUGUGAAGAGCACAUGUACGUGUUGGUAACUUUGGUGUCGAACCUGGAACCAGGUUUCACGAUAUCACCUUUGUCAGCUCCGUUGGAUGGCUGCCUGAGAAUCAUACAUUUCGGACCAAUGACGUCGGAACAGGCAAUGAACUUGAUGAGCAAUGCGUAUCAAGGAGGCAAGCAUGUCAAUGACGCCAGAGUGACUUAUCGUGAAAUCGAGAGCAUCCGAAUAACCCUGGGCGAGGUCGACGAGAGAUGGAGAAAAGUUUGUAUAGAUGGCAAGAUUAUCGCUGUUGAGAGUGGCGGCUGGCUCGAAGUACAGAAAAUCUCGGAGCACUAUCUCAACAUUCUCAUACCUGCUCACGGUGAUUCCGAUGUCUGGUUGAGAGGCCUUUAUGGGUCUUCUGUAAGCUGGAAUAGUUUUUCAAGUAGUAAAGGUUCUAAGUCGCCGACCCCAGCCUGCGGCAUGGGUCUUUUGAUUAAGGUGAUUGAUGGUUUCGUAGCAGAAUAUACAAAGGAGGCCUUGCCAAAGCCUGCAGGUUCACAGAUUAUAUAA